CCUUAUUUCACCUAUGGGAGUGGCAGCUCCGGGCAGUGACAUCACCCUUAGCUGCUAUUUCCCUCUGUAUGAAAACCUGAACCUCAACAAUGUGAUUGUCAACUGGCAGCGUGGAGAAUCAGAGGUGGUCCACAGCUAUUACUAUGGGAGAGAUCAGCUGGAAAGACAGAGUGGUGUUUACAAGGGCCGCACUCAUCUGUUUGAAGACCAGAUCGCUGUGGGAAAUGCCUCACUUAGACUGAGUGGUGUGCAGCCGAGUGACCAGGGCCAGUACACCUGUGAUGUGACAGAUGAACAGGGAAGCACCAAGGAAAAGCUACUACUUCUAGUGGCAGCCCCCUUCAAGGAGCCCCAGCUCUCUGUACAGUCAUCCUGUGACAGCUUCUUCAUCACCCUCAACUCCUCCCAGGGUUUCCCCCAGCCUAAUGUGUGGUGGACAGACUCCAUUGGAGGAGAUAUCUCCAAUCAGAGCCACAGCCGUAUUGGCCUGGACAGCAGGGGGCGCUAUGAGGUCCACAGCUCCAUGGAGAAUGCUGUGAGGUGCCUCUUGCAACCAGGGGCAGACCGGCUUUGGUAUUAUUAGGGAUAGUUCUCUUGGCAGGAUUAGCAAUGUCACUCAUUUUGUACUACAGACACAAGCCUGAAACACACCAACACCAGAUGGUC